AAAACCAUCUAGUGCAAGUGAAUUCAUAUCAGUCAAUCGCAUUUUACCUGUCAAAAAUGUUCUACAAGUACGCGCUUUUCGGGCUUUUAUCAGUGGGCGCUUUGGCAAGGUCCGCCAGCCUGCCGGAACUGAACUCCAUUGAGCAUGGAGCACCGCGCGCCUCCGACUCUUACUCGUACCUAAACGACUUUAGGUACGUCUACAAAGUGUAUCAAGACUGUGCCUCUCAAGACCUGCAGCCCUGCCUGAAGCUGAAGCUGUUGGCUGCCCUUGAUCGAGCAGCUAGGAGCUACAGCUUGAACAUUCUGGAUGGAGUCACUUUCAUCAAGGACCCUCAAGCCGCUGCUCAGGACGAGGCUCCGAAAUCGGAAGCGGAAAUUGAAGCUAGCCUGCCGAGAUCGUUGAAUGAAAAAGAUGAAGCCCUAAGUGGACUCAUUUUGAACAAGGUGGCUUCUUUCUUAGGCAGCCAUACGCUACAGGUUAAACUGCCAUCUGCCACUGAUAUAGCUCGCAGCUUCAGCGAAGAAGAGAGCAGAGGCAAAAAGGGCAACAAGAAAGGAGGAUCCAUGAUGCUAUUGCCUCUGAUUCUGGGAGGCACGUUGGUUCCCCUAGCUCUUGGUGCGCUGGCGCUUUUAGCAGGAAAGGCCCUGAUCGUCUCCAAACUAGCCCUUGUCCUCGCUGGAAUUAUUGGCCUGAAAAAAUUGCUUUCCGGACAAUCCGGUCACCAGGAAUCCGGACAUGUUGAGGUUGUUGCCGGCGGCCACCACGGUUCCGGUUGGGGCAGGUCUUACGACAAAGAAGAAGCCGCCCGACUGGCCUACCAGGGCUAUGAAGAGAAGAAGGAGCGAUGAUAAUGCAACAGAUUACCCAAUGAAGACUUAAUAGGCUAUUUAUUUAAAUUAUUUUAAAACUAAGUUAUUUUAAGAGCCGUUUUGUAACAUAAAUAAAAUUGAGUUUGUUAGAACAA